CCCUUCCUCUUCUGAUUCACCUCGACCAGCUGUGUCACCUUUUCAUGAUGGAUAAAACUAGCUCCCUUGUUUCUGUUACAUUUCUAAUAUUGUUGGUGCACUACUACAACUACUCUCUCAUGGCUUGCUUGGCUGUGACGGUGAGUACUAGUAGGAGGACUGCAACCAAUAUCACCACUGAUCAAUCGGCUCUUCUUGCCCUGAAAUCCCACAUCACUAGCGACCCUCAAAACAUUUUGGCCAACAAUUGGACCACCUCAACCUCCCAUUGCAACUGGAUUGGUGUCCAUUGCAGCACUCGCCACCACAGAGUUGCUGUCUUGAACCUUUCUUACAUGGGCCUAAGGGGCACCAUCCCUCCACACAUUGGAAACCUCUCCUUUCUAGCCUUACUAGACAUCAGAAACAACAGUUUCUAUGGUAAUAUCCCUACAGAGAUUGGUCAUUUGCGUAGACUAGAAUCCAUCAAUUUCUUUUCCAAUGACUUUACAGGAAACCUUCCUAAAGAAAUCGGCAAGCUUGCUAGUCUAGAGUUUCUGGGUAUGUCGUUGAACCAACUUUCGGGCUCCAUGCCUGCCCCCAUCUUCAACAUCUCCAAACUUCAAAUCUUGUUAUUGGCAUAUAACAAAUUUAGUGGAGCAAUACCAAGAGAAAUUGGAAACCUGACCUUCCUGAAAGAGUUAUAUCUUGGUGCAAACAUUUUAAAAGGAAACAUUCCUACAGAAAUUGGCAAGCUUGCUAAUCUGAAGGUUUUGGAAAUGGGGUGGAACCAGCUUUCGGGCCCCAUACCAGCCUCCAUCUUCAACAUCUCCUCACUCGAAAGUAUUCGUUUGUCCAAUAAUAGCCUGUCGGGUAGUCUUUCAACAGAUAUGUGCUACAGUCUUCCAAAACUCUACCGGCUUAGUUUGUCCUAUAACCAAUUCAAUGGCCAAAUUCCAAGAGAGAUUGGGAACUUAACUUCCCUAAAAGUGUUACUUCUUAGCGGAAACAACUGGAAAGGUAAAAUUCCACAACAACUGGGAAAUCUUCAUAAUUUGGAGAUACUAGCAAUUGAGGAAGCUGGCCUCACUGGUACCAUACCAUCUUUUGUCUUUAACAUUUCUUCUUUGAUAGGGAUUUCUUUCUCUAGAAAUCACUUUACUGGUAGUCUCCCACAUGGUAUGAGCUGGCAUCUUCCUAUGCUCGAGAAAGUUUAUCUUCAUAGAAAUGAACUGUAUGGAAGCAUUCCAAGAGAAAUUGGAAACUCUACUUCAUUGAUUCAAAUAUAUCUCGAUGAGAACAGUUUCACAGGUGCAAUACCAAAAGAGAUUGGAAACCUUCACGAUCUGGAGUUUUUAGGUUUAAGUUUGAAUAGGUUAAAAGACCCGAUUCCGGAAACAAUUUUCAACAUGUCGAAACUACAAAGCCUUUCAUCUAUUAACAAUUAUCAUCUUUCAGGCAAACUUCCGUCAAAUAUUAGGUUACCCAAUCUUGAAGGAUUAUACCUUGGUGGAAAUAGCCUCAACGGAAUCAUCCCUCACUCUAUCUCAAAUCUUUCCAAACUCACUGAUUUAGUCCUUUCCAGCAACAAUUUCAGUCAUUCAAUUCCCAACUCACUUGGUAACUUGAGACAACUUGAAUUUCUAGAACUAUCAGGGAACAAUUUCAACAGCGAAUCUCCAAACCAAGAAUUAAGCUUCAUCACUGCCUUGACAAAAUGCAAACACUUGAGAACAUUGUGGAUAAAUAACAAUCCUUUGAAUGGAAUCCUUCCAGUUUCCAUUGGGAAUUUUUCCACUUCGCUCCAAGAUAUCUGGGCAAGUUAUUGUGAAAUUAAGGGCAGCAUUCCCAACCAUAUUGGUAACUUGACCAAUUUAGCUUUCUUAAGGCUAAGUGGCAAUGGCUUCACUGGAUCUAUUCCAACGACAAUGAAAGGGUUGCAAAAGCUUCAAGUUUUACAUCUUGAAAUUAACAGGAUACAAGGUCCCAUUCCAAAUAAUCUUUGCCACUUACACAACUUAGGUUUAUUAGCUCUGAAUGAAAAUGAACUUUUUGGUCCGAUUCCAACUUGUUUAGGGAAUAUUACAUCUCUAAGACGACUCUUUCUAGGUUCCAACAAAUUAACCUCCACGUUACCCAUUAAUUUGUUCAGACUCAAAGAUAUUUUGCAUUUGGACUUGCACUCAAAUUCUUUAAGUGGCAAUCUUCCCUCAGAGAUUGGAGCUCUAAAGGUUGCAAUAAAUAUAGAUCUGUCACUGAAUAGAUUCUCUGGUGAUAUCCCUAGCACAAUUGGAGGUUUGCAAAGCUUACUCAUUCUUUCUUUGGCACACAAUGAACUACAGGGACCUAUCCCUCAGUCAUUUGGCAACUUGAUAAGCUUGCAAUCCUUGGAUCUAUCUUACAACAAUCUCUCAGGCGAAAUUCCAAAGUCAAUGGAAUCACUGCUGCUUCUUCAGUAUUUCAAUGCAUCCUUCAAUAGGCUAAGAGGAGAAAUUCCCAGUGGAGGACCAUUUGUAAACUUCACAAAUCAAUCCUUUAAGUCAAAUGAAGCACUCUGUGGUGCCCCACAGUUCCGAGUCCCACCAUGUCGCUCAAGCUCUCUUCACGGAUCAAGUACAAAAAAAGUUCUUCUAGUUGUUUACAUUUUGUUGCCAAUUGUUCUAAUUGCCUUGACCUUCGCGUUUGUCUCAAUAAAAUGUCGAAAGAGAAACAAAACUCCAACUGAAACAGAGUUGUCACCCACUUUAGCACACGGGAGAAUUUCAUACCUAGAACUUCUACGUGCUACUAAUGGUUUUAGUGACAGCAAUUUGCUUGGAACAGGAAGUUUUGGUUCUGUUUACAGAGGGAUAAUUGCAGAUGGGACCAUUCUAGCAAUCAAGGUAUUCAAUUUGCAACUAGAAGCUGCAUCCAAGAGUUUUGACACAGAAUGUGAAAUAUUGCGCAACAUUCGUCACAGAAAUCUCACCAAAGUUAUCAGCAGUUGCUCCAACCUAGAUUUUAGAGCCUUGGUACUCCAAUACAUGCCUAAUGGGAGUCUUGAAAAGUGGUUGUAUUCUCAUAACUAUUUUUUGAAUUUCGUUCAGAGAUUAGAUAUAAUGAUAGAUGUGGCAUGUGCGUUGAGUUAUCUCCACCAUGGUUAUUCAAUACCAUUGGUUCACUGUGAUUUGAAGCCUAGUAAUGUCCUGCUAGAUGAAGAUAUGGUCGCACAUGUCAGUGACUUCGGAAUUUCAAAGCUCUUGGAUGAAGGGGAAAGUAUUGCGCACACCAAAACUCUCGCUACUUUGGGAUAUAUAGCACCAGAGUAUGGAUUGGAAGGGCUAGUAUCCAUAAGGUCCGAUGUUUAUAGUUAUGGUAUUAUGUUAAUGGAGACGUUUACAAGGAUUAAGCCCAGUGAUGAUAUGUUUGCUGGAGAUUUAAGCUUGAAGCUAUGGGUAAGUGAGUCACUACCUAAUGCGAUAAUUCAGGUUAUAGAUCCCAACUUGCUCAUGCCAGAAGAAGGACAAAUCAGUGCAAAGGUGUUGUGUAUAUCAUCCAUCAUGCAAUUGGCUCUGAAUUGUUGCACAGAACAACCACGGGAGAGAAACAAUAUGGAAGAAGCCCUGGUAACACUAAAGAGGAUCAAACAUAAGUUUCUUGCAGACAGGAAAAGGCGAGAAACAUGAAGAUUGCAUUACUUUGAGAGGGAAAAUUGUUGGUAGCUCCUCUCCUCCAAGAUAUGAGAACUAGUCACAAAGGAAGUUUCCUCAAAUUGAAAUCAAGGUGGAUUGCUUGUCACCUAUAGAGACACUUAUAUGUUGUUUAUUUUUCAUUUCCAAAAAAAUAAAAAAUAAAAAUGGAUAUAUAUGGUGUUGUCUUUCAAAUUGUUUUUUGUUUUGUUUUCUUUUUUUUUUUUAAUCUUUUCUACCUAGCAAGGGGGGAUGGAUUGAGUUGAAUCUGGCUCCCACACAACACGGGAAGUGCUUCUACCAACUGGACUACCUAACUCAUCCCAAUUUUCAAUUAGAUUGUAAAGUUCAUUCAAUAAUUAUCUUUGGGAUCUAGUGAUAUUGUUUCGCCGUUUAUAUUCUAUAUUUUCUAGAAUCAUGUAUGCUCUUAAGUUUCUUGGUACCUAUAAAUAAUAUUUUUUUUAUUUAUUAUGACUUGCUUAUCUUUUGUAAGUUGUAACUACAUCAAAAAGUAAAAUAAAAUAUGUGAAAACGGAUUAAAUAAAAUACUGAUUAAUGCGGUGUCGAAUCACAUAUCAUGUUUGUAAUAACCCUUGUAGUUUUAUGUUAACUCAUAAAUACACAUUAUUAUAGCUGCUCGAAGUUUUAUUGUGUGAUUUAGUUCUUAUUAUAAUUUAAAAACUUUGACUGAAUUUCCAAAGGAAAACAAAAUCUAGUGGCCUAAAUUUUAUAGAAAAAUUUCAUUUGUUGCCACUUUACUGACAAAAAUGUUGCAAUGCAUCUCAUUGGAAAUGCGUCCAGUGGACAAUUCUCUUUUUGCACAAAUCAAUGGAUUUGAAAUUAUGGGCAUUGGGCUUGAUCGAAAACAUGAUAAUUGACAUUGGAAUAUUAAAAACAAAAGUCAUAUGAUAUUUUGUUUAUGAAUAUGGAACUAAUAUAUUUUUUUGACUUUUUUGUUUUUUUUAAAGAGAUUUAAAUUUUCAACCUUGUACUUUAAAAGUCGAGAAAGUAUUACUAGAUUACAUACUAUGGUGAUUAGAAUCACAUUUAAAGUCCAUGCAUAUAAUCCUCUCAAGUCAAAUGUAUAACAUGAAAACUUAAAUCUUAAUCAUUAAAUCUAAUUUCAAGGUAUAUUACUCAAAUAAUUGAACUUAAAAUUCAUUCAUUUCAUGUACUUUAUUUAAAAUGGAGCGUAGCUGAUCCAUAGAUUUGUCCUGUUCAGUGUACAAUUAUAAGGGGCAUUUAGGAAAUUUAAAUUGGAAUGCGAAAUUAUGUGCACAUGCAUCGAGGGAAUCUGAGUAAGAUUAUUAUUAUAUUUUUAAUUCCAAUGUCAAAGCCUUCUCAAUUUUGUUUUUUUUUUUUUAGUAAAUUACUCUGACUUCCUUUGAAAUUCAAUCAGGUUACACUGUCAUCUCCUUUUGUUUGUUAAAUAAUAAUAAACUCUGUCGAGAUUUAUAUACGUAUAACAAAUACCUCUCGUUACUAGCCAAAAAUGAUAAUGAUGUGAUCAAAUUUUUAUUUUCAAAUUUCCAUUCUACCCCUAAAAUAUAUGUAAUUAAUUAACGAAAAUGUCUAAAAUCUCCUUUUCUCUCUCAGCAAACCCCUUUCUCUCUCAAAACUCUCCCUUUCUCUCACCGAAAACCCAUUUCCCUUGACCAAACCAUUAAUUUUCUCUUCCAGAACUCUAAUUUUCCACCACACAAAGCCACACACAUACAGAUCUAUAUAUAUAACAAAUAAUUUUAAGGAAAUAAAAAAUAAUAAUCUCAAGUUCUCAACAACUUACCCACAAAUACACAUAUACAUAUUACAUACGUAUUCCCCCUCCUCUCCAUUUCCUCCGGACACCACCACCUCCACCAUCCUCAACCACCAUCUUUUCCGGCGAGCAACCAUCACCACAUAAAGCCACACACACACAUAUACAUACAUAUAUAUAUAUAUAUAACAAAAAAACGGGGUUCAAAUAGUGAUUUGCAAAAAGAAAAUUAUUUUGGCAGCCACCACUACCGCCCUUAACCACCAUCAUUUCCCUGUCUAACCUUUCUUCUGUCUACCCAACACCACCGACGGCCGCCACCGCUCACCCCAUCUUUCUUUCUCUCUCUUCACUCACCACCGCAACCACCACCCCCACAACCACCACCCUUUCUCUUAAUAUGGGUUGCUAUAUAUAUAUAUAUAUUAUUUAUCCAUAUACAUACAUACAUAUAUAUAUAUAUAUAUAAACAUAUAUAAACCUCUUCUCUCAAUCUGGGUGUAUACGAAUUAGAAUUUUCUGUUUAACGAUGUGGGAUCUAUUCCCCAAUUCACACUCAAUCUGAUCUAAUUCGUCAAUUUCACUGGCAUCAAUUCGAAUAUUCACGAUGAUUACCAUCAAAUUGGUGGGAAUUCUGAGUUCGAUUUUGUGGACGAGCUUGUUCGAGCCUCCGAUUGCAUCGAAGAUCAAGGCCUGGAAAAAUCCCCAGUCCGAUCAAGCCCUCACUCGAAUCUGUCGCCAUCACCACUGGAAAAUCAGUGCUCCGUCCGCCUUCUGUGCCGCCGCCGUCGCUUAUAAACCAUAGAAGUUAUAGAACCCUUAUUUUGGGUCUGCUUAGGUGAAGGAUGAGAAUUGAUUUGAGAGAUGGGCUUUUUUGUCUUUUUAAAAUUUGUCAUUUUUGUAAUAAAAUACCAAUAAAUAUAAUGUGGGCAAUUUCGGAAUUUCAUUCCAUUAGUUAACCCCGUG